GCAGCUGCGGUAAGUUCUACCGCAGCUAGAGCUCCGGGUGGUCAGGUGGGGGCGGAGCUUGGCGGCUCCGUAGACUAUAGCCGCAGCGUUUCCCGGGCCGGGUAUCUGGCCGCAGCCUCAGGAGACAAGACGGAUCCCUCAACCGUCACAGAAAUGUCUGCUCCAGCUCAGCCACCCACUGAAGGGGCAGAAGGGACUGCCCCAGGAGGGGGUCCCCCUGGCCCUCCUCCUAAUACGACCAGUAACAGACGACUACAACAAACCCAGGCACAAGUGGAGGAAGUGGUGGACAUCAUGCGUGUGAAUGUGGACAAGGUCCUGAAGAGGGAUGAGAUACUGUCACAGCUGGAUGACCGAGCUGAUGCCUUGCAGGUGGGAGCGUCACAAUUUGAGAGCAGUGCUGCCAAGCUAAAGAGGAAGUAUUGGUGGAAAAACUGCAAGAUGAUGAUCAUGCUGGGAGCUAUCUGUGCCAUCAUCGUGGUAGUUAUUGUAACCCACAAGCAGGAAGAGGCUGAGGCCAGGCCGGGCCGGGUCUGGAUGCUCGCUUUCCAUGCAGCAGCAUGUCAUUGUGCAAAACCAUCCUUCCUCUCCCUUUGCCCUUUUCCCACAUUCCCUUCGUCCUGCCCCAGGGCAGGACUGAAGAGCUGGAAGAAAGCAGUCAGUGUACCCUCCCAACGGCCCCCCUCGAAGGUCUCCACUCUCCUUUGGGCUCCUCCUUGCCUAAUGCAGGGGGUCACCGCUGGAGAAGAACCACCACUGUCCUCGAUGUGUCCCAAGCCUGGAGCAAAUUCGCACUCUUGGCCCACCUAGCCCUGGCACAGGAAUUCUUUCCUGGGUUUCUGUCCCUCUGAGGCUCACCAGAUGUAGUUGGCUUUGUUCUUUUGGGGAUGUUUGGCCUUCUACUUUCUUUCUCACCCCACCCUGUACCCUCUUCUGUGUCUUUGCUGUCCCUCUUCCCUCCCACCACCCAUGUGCAUGAGCAAAUAUGCAACCAAACCCUGGGACUUUGCAGUCAAAUGAAGCCGAGCUUUCCACAUCCCCUCUUCCUUGGUUUGCCAUGAGGCGAUGUGGGGUUUCCACUGUGUGUCUGUCAUCACCUUUGUCUUUUUUCCUACCCCCAACCUCGUACUUGUAUAGAAUAAUAACCGUUGUACUUCCACCAAAGGCAUGUGGCAUAUUUACCAACUUCAUGUAUCCUGAACAAAGGCAAAAAAAUAUAAAUUCCUACC